GGGGAAGUUGUAGACGAGAGAGAGAGAGAGAGAGAGAGAGAGAGAGAGAUGGGUCGAGGCCGAGCGCCGUGCUGCGAGAAGGUCGGCCUGAACAAAGGCUCAUGGACGCCGGAGGAGGAUAUGAGACUGAUGGCCUACAUUCAGAAGUAUGGGCAUGGGAAUUGGCGUGCUCUUCCCAAAAAAGCAGGUUUGCUGCGAUGUGGGAAGAGUUGCCGUUUGAGGUGGAUUAACUACCUUCGGCCUGACAUAAAGCGUGGAAACUUCACCAGGGAAGAAGAGGAAACCAUAAUUAAGCUACACGGAUUGCUUGGAAACAAAUGGUCGAAAAUAGCUUCUUGUCUGCCAGGAAGAACUGACAAUGAGAUCAAGAAUGUUUGGAACACACACUUGAAGAAGAGGCUCUUGCACAGAGGCCAAAGCCAGCAGACCGACAAGCUUGGAGAGACACCGAGCUCGUCUUCUUCCACCCCGACCCACUCAAGCUCUGAUCAAGGUGAAGGCAAGAGCGACAGCGAGCACACCAAUCCGAGUGUAGAUUCUACCAAUCCCUCCGAGGAUAAGAUCGAGAUUCCCACCGAGCCCGGCAUGGACUUGUGGCUCAUGCUAGAAGAUGCUCUCCCGAGCUCGCCACAAAAAACCGACACCGAGGAGAGGAACAUGUGGGAGCCGCCAUUAGAGCCAAAUUCUUUCAAGGUGUCGCCAUGCUCGUCUCCGUCGCAUUCCUUCGCAACGAACUGCAAUACCGGUGGUGGUGGUGGUGGAGGAGGAGGAGGAGUGCAAGCGCUUGACGAUGCACCUAUCGAACCGGAGCUCUGGAGCAUGAUCGAGGACGGCGAUGCUGGAUUGUUUAGCCCGGGGAUGGAGGGGGCCAUGGAGGAGCCUGGAGUUCGUGGGAAUCCAACAGGCUUGCAUGAGGAAUCGAGCAGAGAAGAAGGGAGCAUAAUUUGGUUGGAGUACUUGGAGAAAGAGCUUGGCUUGGGGGGAGCGAUGGAUGACAACCAGGAGUGCCUCAUGGGUCCCUGGCCCGAGAUGGAGGGAGAUCCUGUGUCCUCUUAUUUUCAAAAGGGACCCUCUUCCCCCUCUCCUUUGGAUCUUCAUGACUUGAAGGUGUCCUAAUACACUGCCUGUCAUGAACUAAGGAGUAGGUUAUCUCGCACAACAAAAGGCGUAUGUAUGUCUUUAAAGGCCGUGGGUAUUUGGACACAUUUCUAACCUUUCAUUAAAGAGACAAAGGUGCUGAAAUUAGAGUUUUAAUACUAAGAAGAUGUCACUCCUACCUUUCUUUUUGUCAUCAUGCCGUCAGCUUUGAAUCUUUGUUCUUUUAUUGUCUUUUCCUCACUGGAGGACGCCGAAUUAUGUAACUCCAUGCUUUGUACGAUCUACUUAGUAUACUAAUUACCAUGGUCAUGUAUUUAAAGACAAGAUCGUGAAUUAAUAUAUUCCGAGCACUGCUACCCGAUUCA